AUGGUAACAUGCAUUUUUUAUGAUUGUCACAACCCCGUGGUACAACAUGGCCGGUCCAAGUGCAUUGUACACCACAGCCGCACGCCUUGCUCCACUCCGAAGUGCCGCAAUCAAGCGUACGCCCGGGGGCGCUGUGUUCGACAUGGCGCGCGAAAGUACUGCCUCAUGGAAGGAUGCAUGCAUUAUCGACGAACGGGGGGGUAUUGUGCUCGCCAUACCAAGGCACUCCGCGCAAAUUUUUCGCUGGCGUCGGGGCCACGUAUGGUCGUAGUACCCCCACGACCCCAGAAGAACGGAGUCGUUCGCGAGCAAUGGACAACGUCGCCCCGAACACCAGUGUUGUCGCUUGACGCUGAGUGGACGGUUCUUGAAGAGUUUCUGAAUGAAGUGAACUUUGCUCUACUGACAACUGACGAACAACGCUGA